AUGUCUUCUACAGAUGCCGAUCAAGGGCCUUCGCCGGCUGAAUUGGCCGAGCGCGAUCGCCAGGAGAAGGAGCGCAAGGCCCAGGAAGCUGCCGAGCAGGCUCAGCUCCCCUACAAAUGGACUCAAACCAUCCGCGAUGUCGACGUGACAGCGCCGAUCCCUGCCAAUAUUAAAGGCCGGGACAUGGAGGUCUCCUUGACCAAGACCAAGAUCCGCGUGGCUAUUAAAGGGCAGGAGCCGAUUAUCGAGUUGCUAAUUCCUGUUUUUCCUAUUUGUCUCUACAGGGCGAUCUGCCUCAUCCGAUCCUGGUCGAUGAAUCUUCCUGGACCCUGGAGACCACCCCCACCCCCGCCCGGGAAAGAAGUCAACAUCCACCUCGACAAGUCCAACAAGGUGGAAUGGUGGCCUCAUGUAGUGACCUCUGCACCCAAGAUUGAUGUCACCAAGAUCACACCGGAGAAUUCCAGCUUGAGCGAUCUCGAUGGCGAGACUCGUGCGAUGGUGGAGAAGAUGAUGUAUGAUCAGCGCCAAAAGGAGGCCGGCGGCUUGACUAGCGACGAGCAACGCAAGCAGGAUCUUCUGAAGAAGUUUCAGGCAGAUCAUCCCGAGAUGGACUUUUCCAAUGCAAAGAUGGGCUAA